CAACCAGCCCAACCUAUUCCAUUACCACCACGCAACAGCGCAUGCAACCGACCGAAAGUCAAAUUGUAACCGCCACCACAAUUGCCGAACCCCUAAAGGUAACCUGCAUACAAUUGGAUCCCGAGGAAAAUGCCACUGUCGUCUUGCGUUCCAAUGCCACUGUGGAUGUCAACAAUGGCAUUGCAGCCGGUUUUGCCCAAGAGGCCUCCACCAAAGAUAUUCCAGCAAAACAUUAUGAACGGCUAAUAGAAGAAUUGAAAUGUCCCGGCUGUGCCUUGCCCAUGAAAUCGCCCAUCUACUUGUGUAAAACCGGCCACAGUAUUUGUGAACAGUGUACAAGGAUUUUACUAAUGUGCCCACUGUGCAAGGAAGGCUACACCAACAUACGUUCGCUGACCGUUGAAGCUCUCUGCUCGAAGGCCCAUUUCAAGUGUUCAAAUGCCUCUGGCGGAUGUACGGUCCGUUUGCAACAUGAUCUGCUGUCGUGGCAUGAGAAACAAUGCAUUUACAAACCGAUGAAAUGUUUUAUGGGUCGUGUCUGGGGCAAUUGCCAGUGGAAUGGACGUGAGGCCUUUUGGAAAGAACAUCUGGAGGCUGAACAUGCAGAGAAGAUUUUCACCAAAGACUCCGUUGAUCUUACCUGGAAUAUGGGUGUAAAACAGAAACCCCUUACCGGUUAUUAUGUCUUCGAAGUUUUCAAUGAAAUGUUUAAUUUCUAUGAAAUUUACGAUAAGGACCGUAUUCUAUUUACCAUGACCUGUACCUCAACGCAAAAGGAAAAGAAAUUACAAUUUGCAUAUGAGGUUACGUUAUUCAAUGAAGAUUUUGAGGCAUUGGCGGUGACACAGAAAUUCCCCGUACACAGUGAAUAUGAUGCGGAUAUUUUGGCCGAGGGCACCUGUGUUAGUUUUCCCAUCAGUGAUUUAACGAAGUUUUUGGAUGAGGAGAAGCUCUUACACUACCGUGUCCGCGUUCUGGAGGUCAAAACACCGCGUAAAUCCCGCACCUGGCGCAGUGUCAGCCCAAAUGGUAAAUUACCCAUUGAUUUCCAACAGACCAAUAUUCAAGGUGUCAACCUGAAAAAUGUACCCUCUGAUGUUAUAGUCACCCGCCGUUUGGAUGACAUACCCUAUGCCGACACUGAGUCGACCAUAAGCGAAUCUGUGGGUGGCGGCAUUUCAUCUGAAGAUGAACUGGAGAAAUCCAAACGUGAAUUCUAUGCAAAACUUGAGGCUAAGAAAAAACGAGACAGUGGCUCCGACACUGAUCCCGAAUUUGAAGCUUUCAUAGCCAAAAAGUGGGGCACUCCCCAAUUGCAUUUCAAUCGUAAAUAUCUUAAGGGAAAUGCCACAUCCAGCGAUGCUUCCUCCUCGGAUGAUUCCCCCAAAUCCCCCAAAAUGGCCAAUGACGAUAAGAUAUCGAUCACAAGUACCAGUUAUAAAAAACGUAUGUCCAAUACCCUGCGCAAAAGUUUCCGUUCGCUGAAAACCGAUUUGAUUGAAAUGAAACCGUUCGGUAAGAAAUCAUCGCCGGAAAAGAAGUUAAUGUAA